CACAUGAGGACAGAUACACACACGUACGAUCUAUAAACCUCAAAGCAAAAAAAAAAAAAAAAAAGUUGUAAUAACAAAAAAAACAAAUUAGUACUCACUCACUACUCAGUACUAGACUACCAUUUUUAUCUCAACCCCACUCGAUACAAAACAAACACAAAGCUCUUCUCUUUUCUCUCUCUCUCUCUCUCUUUCUCUCUCGAACUCUCUAAUGGCGAUGAUGGUUGAGAAUAGCUACGGUGGUUACGGUGGUGGUAACGGAGAAAGGAUACAACUUAUGGUCGAAGGUCAAGGCAAAGCUGUUCCGGCACCGUUUCUGACAAAGACUUAUCAACUUGUUGAUGAUCCUGCGACGGAUCAUGUCGUUUCUUGGGGUGAUGAUGAUACUACUUUUGUUGUUUGGCGUCCACCGGAGUUUGCUCGUGACCUUCUUCCUAAUUACUUUAAACAUAACAACUUCUCUAGCUUCGUUCGUCAGCUCAACACUUAUGGUUUCAGAAAGAUUGUACCAGAUCGAUGGGAGUUCGCAAACGAGUUUUUCAAGAGAGGAGAGAAACAUUUACUCUGCGAAAUCCACCGCCGCAAAACAUCUCAAAUGAUACCACAACAACACUCUCCAUUCAUGUCACACCACCACGCUCCGCCGCAGAUUCCAUUCUCCGGUGGUUCUUUCUUCCCAUUACCACCACAUGUCACCACUCCAGAAGAAGAUCAUUACUGGUGUGACUCACCACCGUCAAGACCAAGAGUCAUACCACCACAAACAACCACCAUUGACACGGCGGCGCAAGUAACAGCAUUGAGUGAAGACAACGAGAGAUUACGACGAAGCAACACAGUGUUAAUGUCUGAACUUGCUCACAUGAAGAAACUCUACAACGACAUUAUCUACUUUGUUCAAAACCAUGUCAAGCCUGUUGCUCCAAGUAACUCUAAUUAUCUCUCUUCAUUUCUCCAGAAACAACAACAACAACCUCCAACACUUGAUUAUUACAAUACUGCCACUGUCAAUGCCACUAAUCUCCAUGCUUUGAACUCAUCUCCACCAACUUCACAAAGCUCUAUUACAGUUCUUGAAGAUGACACUAAUCAUCAUCAUGAUCAGAGUAAUAUGAGAAAGACAAAGCUUUUUGGAGUUUCGUUGCCUUCUUCUAAGAAGAGAUCACAUCAUUUCUCAGACCAAACAAGCAAAACUCGACUUGUGUUGGAUAAAUCUGAUCUUGCUUUGAAUCUCAUGACUGCUUCUACACGUUAAGAGAGAGUCUUUGUUUUUUUUUUUUUUGAAAGUAUCAGAAUCAGUCAGCAUUAUUAGCACUAAUGUUGUUAUGAUGAAGAUGAAUAUUAUGGUUAAUCUUUACUUUUGUUUCUUUGAUUAAUAAUCUUUUUAUGUUUGGUUUUGUUAUUAGCUUUUUGGUUUUGUUUUCUGGGCUUGUUGUCCAGAGAAGAUGAGAAUGUCAGUGAUGUCUCUAAUGUAGAUAGGCUUAGGUUACUUUUUAUGCAUUUUUCGAAAUUUUUCAUGUGUAUUGGACCGAUCCAGUUAUUUAAUUCUCUUAUUUAAUGCAUUCACGUCUUCUUCUUUCA